UUUCCAGGCCCUAAAGCUUAUCCUCUUAUAGGAAAUAUGCAUUUAUUUCUUGGUGAUUUGACAGAUUCAAUGAAAAAAUUAAUACAAUACUCCGCAAUCUAUUCUUCGCCUUGGCGACUCUGGAUAGGAUCAAAAUUAAUUCUAGUGUUCGAUGAUCCUGAAAAUAUUGAAAUUAUUUUAAAAAGCUCAAAAAUUGAUGAGAAGAGUUUCCUAUAUAACUUUGUAAAAUAUUCCUUAGGCGAUGGAUUAUUUACAGCGCCAGCGUCAUUAUGGAAAAUACAUCGAAGAAUACUAGAUCARAAAUUCAAUUCCAAAAUGGUUUCAUAUUAUAUGGAGUCAUUGAAUAAAAAUUCAAAAAGGCUAAUAAACAUUUUAGAAACUAGUAACGGAGAGAACGUAGAUAUCUCUCAUUACGUACAUUUAUGUACGUUGGACAUCAUAUUUGGUGAGUCUUGGAAACUCUAGAAUUUUUAAAAUAU